GUUGAAAAAGAUAUGGUGAGUUUUCAAUGAAGGAAGAUUUUUCUAAACCAAAAAUAUAUAAUUUUGCUAAAAAUGAACGAAGAUAUUAAAAAUUAUUCAUUGCAUGGCGACUUUGGUCAAAUACCUGACCUGUCAGGAAUAGACGACAUACUGGACCAUUGCGAAAAUGAACUUUUAAAAAGUGAACUAUUUGAUGAUGAUGCUUUUAUGGCAUUAGAUGACAAUGUUUCUAUGGACUUGAUGAACUUCAAUGAUUUAGAACAAAGUUCAUUGAUAAAAGAUUCAUCUACCUUCUCCCCUAAUAAUUAUAGUAAUAGUUCUUUAUUUGAUUCGUCACAGUCACCAUUGUCCCAAUCCUAUCCUUCUCCACUACUAGACAAUAGUUCUCUAAAUGCCCCUAUCAGCCCUAAGUAUAGUCCUGUUCAGCCACAACCCAUUGUUCAGAAUGUACAGAUUAAAAAUGUGGCAGUUCCCGUACAGAAUUUACAAAACUCUGUCAUUAUUUCAUCAGCCAAUUUACAACAAACUACUCAACCGGUUGUAUACACAACAAAUAUUCCAGUUCAGAAUCAGCAUAUAAUUUUACAACAAGAUAAUAGUAAAGGGCAAGGUGGGAGACAGAAAGGGCAGAGAGGGGUAUUGGUGCAGAAUAUUCAACAGAUUCCAGUAGAUCAAAUGCAACCAGUAGUGUUACAAGCAAAAAUAUUGAAAACUGAUUCUCAGGUCAUCUCUCCUACAGUUAUGUACACAACAGCAGUCUCAAAUACAACUUCUCAACCUCUGCAAACCCUAUUAAGUACCAAUAGAAUUUUAACUACAGGAAUUCCCUUGGUAUUAGAUGGGGAAAGUAAGGUUGCUAUAAAUCGUGUCCAACCAAUAGGCAAAGAACACAAAGUUAAAGAAGUAAAAAGAAGUGCUCACAAUGCUAUUGAGAGAAAAUACAGGACAAGUAUUAAUGACAAAAUCGUUGAGUUAAAAAAUAUUGUUGUCGGAGAAGAUGCUAAGCUUAACAAAUCUGCUAUUCUUCGCCGAACAAUAGACUACAUCCGGUUUCUUCAAAACUCGAACAGUCGCCUCAAACAAGAAAAUAUGGCUCUAAAAAUGGCCGCCAGUCAAAACACACUCAAAGAUCUUUUGACUACUGGCGACAAAUAUCGUCCAGAAGAUACUCCUCCUCGUUCAGAUCAUUCGUUAUCGCCCGAACAUUCUCUUCCUUCCAGUCCCGAAUAUUGUGCUACGAUUAAGGACGAAAGUGAAGAUGAGGCUGUAGGAACAGUGCGUCAAGGAAUGCUGGACAGUUCCAGGUUAACGCUGUGCAUGGUUAUGAUGGUUAUGUUGGUUUUUAAUCCCUUCAGAGUCGCGUUGGAUAAAUAUGCGAAUGUGGAAGACAGCAGGGGAUUCGAAAGAAGGGGAAUAUUAUGGUCUGAACCUGCUUCGGUAUCAUUUUCACCAUCUACACUAAUUCUAUGGAUGGUAAAUUUUGUCAUCUUAUGCUUUUGUUUAGUAAAAAUGUUUGUUUACGGCGAUCCAAUGAUUCCUUCAAAAUCAAAAGAAUCUCAAAAUUUUUGGAGACACAGAAGACAGGCGAAUGUAUUCCUAAAAAAGGGUGAAAAAUUGGAAGCGAAACAAGAACUUUUACGUUGUUUACAAACAUAUGGUAUAUCAUUACCUUCCAGUAAGUUUGAUUUAUCUCUCUGUUUCUGCUGGCAAGUGUUUAGACAAUUGUUGCACCGGUUGUGGAUUGGAAGGUGGUUAUCCAAACAUACGGGAGGAUUUUUUGUUGAUGCAAUGGCAAGAUACGAAGCUCAAUCAUCAUGCAAGGAAUUAGCUUUGGUAUUCAACGAUUUACACAAAAUACAACUAGUUGGAGGACAGGAAGAAGGAAAUCAUUUAAUUGGUGUAAUCACGUGUUUAAAUGCUUUAAAUCUCGCUGAAGCUGCCAAAGAUAGAAUUAAACCAAUCGAUUUGGUUGACAUUUAUGUUGGAGUGGCCCUUAGAAUUAAAGCUAGUUUGCCCAACUUCGUUCACGCUAUACAAAGAUAUUACUUGGGAUUGGCACGACUAUCAUCAGUGAAUUCAGUUGAUGCAAUACCCAAAAGAUUGCAGUGGUUAAUGACUCCCUACGGUUACAAAUUUUUCGUAUCACACAACUUUAAUAGUGACCUUGGUAAAACUAGAAACUUACCAUUUAGUUGUAUUGGAACUAGCAUAGAUCCACUUGCUGUUCAAAUGAAAAUAUACAGAGAACAUCUUUUAGAGAAGGCUUUGCAAAUUUUGUUAACACCGGGACAAAAAAAUGACACACAAGACAAAAAGACAGAUAUUAAUGAUGCUUUAAUGUAUCUCGAACUUUUAAAAGAUAAUGUUGCUGUUGACGCCCGUACCGUAUUUGGAGCCUCAUCAGAACAAUGUCAUCAAGAUAAGGUGGCUCAAUGGUGGAUGACGAUUCUAUCUAUCGCCUGCCAUUGGAUUUUAGGCGAUCAAGAAGCGGAAAUACUUUACAAGAAAAUUGAGAUGGUACCGGAACCUUUAGCAUCACUGAGUGAUCCACUACCAAAAGCGAUCGUGGCAGCCUUCAUAGCUAGAAGAGAUUAUUUGACUCAGAAUUCAAGUAUAAGCCCUAAGAAGAUUUUAUUGCAAUGCGACUACGCCAGCCAUCUUUUGGUGGAUAGUUUAACUUUUACUGUUUGUAAGAAAAAGGACCAAACAGUUAUGCUGGCUCAUUUACUGGUCUGCGAUUGGCUUUUGGAAACCAGAACUUCACUUUGGGAAGAUUGUGUAGAUAAUGGAUUGAAAAAUCCAGUUUCCAGCUGUGUCUUAUCAUCAUUUCAAGUGGACCUGGCUUCUUUGAGAUCACUUGCAGAACAUAUACCCAGUGCCUUAUCGAGAGUUUUCCUUUAUGAAGCUACAGCCAGGUUAAUGGCAGGUGCUGCACCGGGAAGAACUCAGCAACUUUUAGAUAGAAGUCUACGACAAAGACAUGCUAAAUCCUCAAUUAUCUGUGGCAAAGGUGACAAAAACCAACAUGAGUUAGGUGGUCAGCGACAACACGCCACAGCGCUUUACAUGGCAUGCAAACACCUACCAGGACCCCUAUUGUCGUCUCCAGGGGAGAGAGCAGGAAUGUUAGUUGAAGCAGCCAAAACUUUAGAAAAAAUAGGGGAUAAAAAAAGACUGCAAGAUUGUUACGAACUAAUGAAAACCCUAGGAACCAGCGCUGUAAAUAAUUAAGGUUCAUUUAGACUUACUAGUCUACUAAAAGUAUCGAGAGCAACAAUAUAACUAUAGUUAUUAUGACAUACUUUCCAUUGAACGUUGUUCAUCGUGGGCAUGUUCCUCGCUGGUUUCUAGUACAGUAUAUGGGACUUAACUGUUAUCACAUAGUAAUUUAUUUGUAAUUUAUUAUAGAUAUGAUAAAUUUUAUAGACUUAAGGUAAAUCAUAAAUGUACUAAAGUAGAAAUAUUACUUUUUAGAUUUAGUUUUUAAAAAAAUAUAUAGGUGUAAACGUUAUAAGAAUGUUUUUUUAAUACACUUAGUUUGUAUAAGUUUUA